AUGAAGCUGGAGCGUCUCAAAAGGAGCACUUUGAAGUUCUUGGACACUCUCGACGAAGAUGCCACCGGGAUGGAUCCCCAAGCCGUAUACGAGGCGAAGACGACAAUCCGAGAGCUUGUCGAGGACACGACCAAUCUGGCUGAAGAGAUCAUUUCGAGGGACAGGGAUGCAGGCGUGUCCCCCGAAGAAUACGAUGAAGCCGUCACGGAAAUCAAAUGGGCAUUCCAGAACGUGACGAGCCUCUUGAUGACCGCCCAGGCUGCGGCGAAGGGAAGCGACGGGGGGCAGCAUCCGGAGCAGAACGCGGCCCGAUCAGAACUCAAGAAAGCGAUGGGCAGCAUGAAGGUCACAAAGGAGGCCCUGAUGCGACUGAAGAACGACCAUUACGAGAGCAUGAAGCUUCCUCACCUGCAGACCGUGAAGGAGAACUGGCGCGGGAGGUGGGCGCUGGCGCUGGCGUCCAAAAUCAAUAAGACGGAGCUGGAGGAGAGGGCGUACCUGGGGGACGUGACCAAAUGGUGCCACGGGGAGAUGGAGCUGCAGAGAGUCUACCGGAUGUGCAGCUUUGCCAUGUUUUGGAUACUGGCGGCCUCCGCUUACGUCACGUUUUCAAGAUCGUUCCUGGUGGCCGCCAGGAAGCAGGGCGGAAGCCACGUGCACCGGUGUGCUUCGGCGAACGCGAGCGGAUAA